AUGCUGGGCUUUUGCUAUUUCACCAACAAUGGAAACAAGAUCCCACAGAGUGACGACACCCUAAUCAAGGUCACUACAUCGGUCGGCACCUUGAUCGGGCAAUUGUUCUUCGGAUGGCUUGCAGAUGUCGUUGGUAGGAAGCGCAUGUAUGGGUACGAACUGCUCAUUAUCACCCUGGCGACUCUUGGACAGUCUAUCACCGGACCUUCGUCCGCAAUUAGUAUCACCGGUCUUUUGGUAUUCUGGAGAGUCAUCAUGGGCGUGGGCAUUGGCGGCGACUACCCAUUAUCUAGCGUAAUCCCAUCAGAAUUUUCACUGACCAAGUGGAGAGGCACCAUGGUGGCAGCGGUGUUCUCGACUCAAGCAUUGGGACAACUUCUGGCAAGUCUGGUGGCUUUUAUUGUCAUCGAGUCGUUCAAAGGCCAGAUCGACAACUCGUUGAACAUGUGCAAUGGAGAUCACUGCACCAAGACCCCCGAGGGCCAGCUUGCUGUCGACCGAAUGUGGAGGAUAAUCGUGGGCUUUGGUGCGAUCCCAGCAGUAGUUGCCCUCUACUACCGGCUCACCAUCCCUGAAACACCACGCUAUACCUUUGAUGUGACCAGAGAUGUCGAGCAAGGUUUUGCCGACUACAAAGCUUUCUGCAUGAACACCAUCGGACCUAUGAACGGCAGGGGACAGGUGUCCGCCGACAGAGAAGAUAUCCGGUCUCGCUUGAACGAUCAAAGGCUCGGCGGACUCGAUGUUAAAGCAAUACCACAGUCUUCACUCCACGAUUUCCGACGGUAUUUCGGCAACCGCCGGAACUUCCUCGCCUUGGUUGGCACGGCAGGAUCGUGGUUCUUCCUUGACGUGGCCUACUAUGCACUGCUUUUGAACAACACAAUUUUCCUGCAGAAGAUAGGUUUCGGCUCCGUGUCCCAUGCGACAGAACACACCAUCUACAACAACCUGAGGAACGGAGCGGUUGGAAACCUUGUCCUUGUGGUUGCAGGAGCGAUUCCGGGGUCGAUUCUUGCAAUCAUCUUCGUUGACAAAAUUGGCCGCAAGCCCAUACAAAUCGGAGGCUUCGUUAUGAUGACAUUGCUUCUUCUCAUCUUGGGAAGUGCUUUCAACUCAAUCAGCGACUCGUCGCGCGUUGCGCUAUUUGUGCUCAUUCUGUUCUUCGUCAAUUUUGGUCCUAAUACGACCACUUUUAUUGUUCCUGGAGAAUGCUUUCCCACCAGGUAUCGAAGUACAGCACAUGGUAUAUCUGCAGCUUCGGGCAAGCUCGGCGCUGUACUUGCUCAGGCUCUUGCUGGGCCUCUGAGACGGGUUGGCUACAAAGAGGGAGAGACCGAUGCAUCUCCAUGGCUGCCACACGUUAUCCAAAUACUUGGAGCGUUUGCCUUCCUUGGCCUCCUGACUUCUCUUCUCAUUCCCGAAACGAUGGGUAGAUCUCUCGAGGAUUUGGCCGGCGAAGAGGAUGUGCAACCAGAAGAGAAGGGACGCACGUCCUGGUAUGAGAGACUCUGGUCCAGGCUCACAAGCAAGCGAGCGGCCAGGGAGAUGUGCGACGAAGAGGAGCAUAAAUGUGUAUCGAGUAUCUUGCCAACAACCCCCGAUUUCAACGGCCGAGCAGACUCCCCAGACCACGGGGACGUGGGAAGUGGUGUUUUAACAACCAUAAGCCGUCGAGAUAAAGCGGACGAGGCUGCCGUCGGUGGGCACACAGACAAGAGCCAUGACCGACGGUUCUACGAGGACGAGAUGGACUUGACUCCUGGACGAUUGUGA